AAGUAGACAAAUAUUGAUGCGCCAACACAACACGGCACUCAAAUACUCCACUAGUUUGAAAGUACUCCUCCUCAAAUUGCCGAACUACAUUUAAGGCCACAUACCCUCGAUCCGAUACACUUAAUUCCACAUACCCUAGCCUGCUGCCACUCCAAGCUGAGAGAUGAAGAAAGAAAAUUAUGUACCUCUGUUUGAAACAAAGGCAGCAAAGGGACGCCUAGCUUACCAGGUGUAUGCUGCUUCAGUGAUCAUUGGACUAUGUUCGAUAUUUUCUUACAGAUUUAUUCAUUUACCAUUACAAGGGGGACUCGAAACAUGGACUUGGAUUGGUAUUACUCUGGCAGAGCUCUGGUUUGCUCUCUACUGGCUUAUCACACAAUUUGUUCGAUGGAAUCCCAUCUACCGUUAUACCUUCAAAGACAGGCUAUCUCAAAGAUACGAAAAAGUUCUUCCGAAAGUUGACUUAUUUGUAUGCACGGCUGACCAUACGGUAGAACCACCACUAAUGGUGGUGAACACGGUCUUAUCGGUCAUGGCAUACGAUUACCCGACAGAGAAGCUGAGUGUGUAUCUUUCUGACGAUGGAGGAUCUGAGUUGAUGUUGUAUGCUCUGUUAGAGGCUUCUCGCUUCUCAAAGUACUGGCUACCAUUUUGCAAGAAGUUUAAGGUAGAACCAAGGUCACCUGGGGCUUAUUUUUCAACAGAUUUCAAGCCAUUUAAUAUUGAUCCUAUCAUGGCCGAAGAGUCGUUGACGAUCAAGGAACUGUAUGAAGAUAUGAAGAAAUGGAUCGAUAAUGCUACAAAGUUGGGCCAAGUUCCAGAAGAAGCAAGAAAAGAGCACAAAGUCUUUCAGGAAUGGGAUUUGGUUUCAAGCAGACACGACCAUCCCACCAUUCUUCAUAUAAUUACUGAUGGGAGAGAUCCUAGGGCUGUGGAUAUUGAAGGACAAACCUUGCCAACUCUGGUAUACUUGGCACGGGAGAAGAGACCGCAAUAUCACCAUAACUUCAAAGCAGGAGCCCUGAAUGCUCUUUUAAGGGUGUCAUCACGGAUAAGCAACGGUCAGGUUGUCCUUACUGUGGAUUGCGACAUGUAUUCAAACAACUCCGGGUCACUGAGAGAUGCUCUGUGCUUUCUCAUGGAUGAAGAGAAGAGUCAGAGGAUUGCAUUUGUACAGUUUCCACAGGGUUUUGAUAAUAUCACGAAGAAUGAUGUUUAUAGCGGUUCCUUGAGGGUAAUUAUGGAGGUGGAGCUUCCGGGUACAGAUGCCAAUGGAGGACCUCUUUACAUUGGUACUGGGAGCUUUCAUAGGAGAGAUAUCCUCUGCGGGAAGAAGUAUAAAAAAGAUUACCAAAAUGACUGGUGGACGGAGAAUGACAAAAGGGUUAAAGAGAGUGCAAAGGUUCUUGUCGAAAAUUGCAGAACUCUCGCUAGUUGCAGCUACGAAGAGAACACUGAAUGGGGAAAGGAGAUGGGACUAAAGUAUGGGUGUCUAGUAGAAGAUGUGAUUACUGGUUUAUCAAUACAAUGUAGAGGGUGGAGAUCUGUGUACUACAACCCAGAAAGGAAAGCAUUUCUGGGACUUGCUCCCACAACUCUGUUGCAGGCACUCGUACAACACAAACGGUGGUCGGCAGGAGAUCUCCAAAUCUUUCUCUCCAAACACUGCCCUCUUGUUUACGGGCAUGGAAAAAUCCCCCUGAAACUUCAAAUUUCGUACUGUGUCUGGUUGCUAUGGGCUCCCAACUGCUUGGCUACCUUGUACUAUGUUGUUGUACCAUCUCUUUGUAUCCACAGAGGGCUCUCUUUGUUCCCACAGGUAUCAAGCCCCUGGGUCCUGCCUUUUCUGUAUGUCAUUGCUGCAAAAUAUGCUUACAGCUUAGGCGAGUUACUCUGGAUCGGAGGAACAUUUCAAGAAUGGUGGAAUGAUCAGAGGAUGUGGCUGUACAAAAGAACAACUUCCCACCUAUUUGGCUUCACCGAAAAUAUCUUGAAGCUAUUAGGGUUUGCAAAGUCUGGUUUUAUCGUCACAUCAAAGGUGGCCGAUGAGGAUGUGUCCCUGAGAUACGAAAAAGAGGUCAUGGAGUUUGGUGCUCCUUCACCAAUGUUCGAUAUAUUAGCAACACUCUCAAUGGUCAACCUCUUUAGCUUCUUUGGUGCACUAAAGAGGGUUUUCAUGGAUUCACAACAUGGGGUUUUGGAUCAAUUGGCAUUGCAGAUGCUCCUAUGUGGGUUAGUGGUUGUAAUCAAUCUGCCUGUCUAUGGAGGGCUCUUCUUUCGGAAGGACAACGGCCGCAUGCCCUCUGCUAUCACAUACCAAGCAGUUAUCAUCGCUAUCCUUGCUCAUACAGGAGCCUUCCUGUAUUAGGAUACUGUCCAUAUGACCCAAAGCUUUCAGUAGAACUGCAUGUAUGAUGUAUCAGUAACAUUUCAAGAAACAACUAUGCUUCCUAUAAGGCAACUAUUUAUAUAUUCUGCAUCAUAUACUGAUUACAGGGCUCGAAGUGGAAGUUCUAUCUAAAAGACCAUCCUUCUCUC